AUGUCAGGUCAAGAGACCUCUCCAAAGUCUCCCCCCGCCAAUACACCGAAGCAUCGACGACCCUGGACACCAGCCGAGGAUGCGACUCUGAGGACUCUUGUUGGGCACUUUGGUGCUAGUAGGGGGUCUGAGGGUAGAUGGAAGGACAUAGCUUCUGGCCUGGAGGGCCGGACGGCCAAGGACUGCCGAAAAAGAUGGCUUCACUCACUGGAUCCCUCACUGCGUAAAGGUCGAUGGACAUCUCAGGAGGAUGAGAUCCUCCUCUCAGCUUAUGCUCGACUUGGACCGCUUUGGAAUGAAAUUGGUAAACUCAUCCCUCCUCCAGUCAUUGCAUAG